AUGAGCUCGUCUCCUGCGGUGUCUGCCUUCUAUCCCCAGUCUGACCAGCGAUCGGGCAAGCCGCUCACGCAUCAGUCAAAAUCUUAUGACUGGACUCAACCUCACGAUUUGAGAGAUAGUCACGAUGGUCUUGACCGUUCAACUCCGCAAGACCGUUCAUCCCCAAAGGAAUCUCAGUCUUCUCGUCGUACAGGUUCUGGAGUCCAGAGGAUGUCGUUUUCUCCGUCCCCACUUAUCGUAUCAAGUCAGCCAAACUCGGAGUAUAUGAAGUCAAACCCUAAAUCUGCCGCUCCUCUCGAACCAUUUGUGCGUGACAGCUCGGUGGACGAUUUCGCUAGCGGUUUGCGUCGUGCCGGAAAUCGAUGGAGCUUCAAUGGAUCUGAAAAGAUCGUUGAGCCUAGCCUUGCGAGCUGGGACCUUGUGGAUGAGAUCGGAAAGCUGGGCAUCGCAAAUGAUGCAGGCGACGUCACAGAUGGUACUACAACGCCUCCAAAGAACAACAUGCGGGACGUUCUCCAUAUUCACGAGUCGAGUCCAUUGGACACGUCUUCAUCCGAUACUUCCUUGGAUUCCACUUCACCUCAAAAUGCCGAAGGUGCAAAUCUACCGUCUCACUCUCGCGAGUCUUCGACCGACACACUCAAUUCGGAGAGCUCUGUGCGAAGCAAUGCUCACCUGAGUUCCCUGAAGAGCGUGCCCUUCUCUUCUGAUCUCACGAAAGACAGGCCCAGAUCAUUUAGCGGUGCAAUUUCGGACGUUGAGCUGCGCCGUUUGCAAAAUAUUCCAACUCCCUCUCAGCUUCCGGAGUCUCUGCAAGAUAGAAGCUCGCCCUUAAUCAGGGAAGUCACCGGUGGAGACAACAAACCACUAUCUUCGGUUCCUAGCGGCGAAAAUAUCGGCGGACAGGCACAGCCCAUGUACCCUUCCUUGGCUGCGUAUCCCAGCGCUCAGCAACAACAGAAUACUCCAUUUGUUGGUUUGCCCCUGCAGAAUGUGCCGGGCCGCCAAGAAGAAUUGCAGGUUGAUCCUAUGAUCCAGCCCCGUCAACAGUUUGUCAAUAGCGGUCAAAACCUCACUGGACCUUUCAUUCCUGUUCAAGCGAACGGGCCUGUGCGCGCUGGCCACUCGGACAUCAUGCCUUAUCGUCAACAAGUUCGCGGAAUGAACAUGUUUCAACCACCGAUGCAGAUGCAAGCACAAGCUCCUCCGGCGCUACUUUCAAGUCCUACGAACUUUGCUUACCAAGGCGUACCAAAUCCUCCCGGGCACCACAAUGCUCUUUCGUUGGGUACUUCACAACAGAUGUAUAACAUGAUGCUUCCGAUGGACCCUGCUGUUAACCGUACACAGCAAGUAUUUCGGGCAGGACAUCAGCAUUCCGCAUCUGAUCCAGCGAGCCUUCGUGAUGCGGCCCAGUUACUUCUCAAUGCAGGUGUGCAUGGUAUGCAGGGUAUGCAGUUCCCGCCCACCCCCGCCUUAACCCCGGGUUUGUAUCCACCUAUGGCUAUGACACCGCCUGUUUAUGCAAACCAGUUUUUCCCUGGUGCGAACCCUCAGCCUCAAGAAGUGUACAGCCAGCAAGAUAUGAUGAGUGUUAUGGGUAGAUCACUGCCACACUUCACUGGAACAAAUGGUGCCCCGACCACCCCUCAAGCGGCGCAGACGAACUUCGCAGCGUCGCCGAGCCCACCAAAUUCGACUGGGCCGAGUGCCAACAACAGAAAGCUAGGAUUGUACAAGACCGAGCUUUGUAGGAGCUGGGAAGAAAAAGGAACUUGUAGAUAUGGUCCAAAAUGCCAAUUUGCGCAUGGCGAGGAAGAGAUACGCAAAGUUGCUAGGCAUCCUAAGUACAAAACGGAAAUCUGCAGAACCUUUUGGGUCUCUGGAUCAUGCCCGUACGGGAAACGUUGUUGUUUCAUUCACACAGAACUCCCGACAUCAGGCACCCCUCCUGGUGCAACUGGCGCUACUGAUGGCAAUGCUCCCCCACCCCCGCCGCAAGAUGGACGCACGCGUUCAAUGAGCACGAAUAGUGAUCCGAACGAGGGCCAGACAUCGCUUCUUGCUCGAAUCAAAGGAAAGAAUAAGUCUGACGAUAGUACGGGCUCUGCUACUCCUACUGCUACAUCGGCGAUACAGAGUCCAGCUGGUUAUCAGUUCGCGCACAAACCACCGAGUGGCGCGCUCCGAGUAGAUACGAAUGUCGAAGCUCCUAUGGCGACGAAGCAAAACAAAUCGGCGUAUCCGACUUUCGCGAACACAUCCAUCCAGGCUCUUUCUCCUGGACCGGUCACUGCUGGUCCUGACUUCGGUCGGCACCUCGGGUCUGGCAAUGUGAACCUGAGUGAAAUAAAUCAACGCAUAAAUGGAAAUGCGUCGACUCCUAAUGCUCGUCACUCGUAUACAAGCUCGGAGGCCAGCAUUGCGUACGGACAGCAACCCCAACAGCAGCAGUCGCGCAAUGUUUCUGGCGGAUCGUCGCCUUUUGGGAUCCUUUCUACGCAGACAGACAGUCCCGCGACGACUAAUGCGCCUGGAGGACAUGGCCUUGGUCAUGGUCAUUCGCGCUCUGGAAGUGCGAGUAACUGGGGCAGCUUUUCACAGAAGAGUCACCUUGCUGCAAGCGCAAGCCCGUACACGCACACUCCGUCGCCCGGAAACGACGGUAUGUCAACGAACACCGCAGCUGCAGCUUCACCCUGGGGCCCGAGCGACCUCAAUGCUAACACAAGGCAGUGGUCCUGA